AGGGAGGACAGCCUGCUGCUGAUGGAGACAGUCAGGGGAGUUUCCCUGUUGACAGCAGAAAACCUCACACACACACACACACUAAGCUAGCCGACCAGCUAGCUAACUAGCUCCACAACACUAACUGGUCACCGUCAAAAACCAAGCUAGCCCUCCGUUUUCCCCAGACAUCCACCAUGGAUUUGAACAAUAUCCUCUCGCAGCUUGAAACUGCCAACGAAGAGGAGGUCGACGCGCUGCUGCAGCAGUAUAAUCGAGAGAACAGUCACACCUUCGCUUUUGAACCAAAAGAAGAAGCCCUACGGAGUAAACUGUGUCAGAGUGUGCUGACGGUCCUCGGGAGGCAGGUGCCGCCCAGCUGUCAGAAGACAUGUCUGGAGACACUCCGCAUCCUGUCCAGAGACAAGCGUGUCCUCGCACCUGUAGCAACCAGGGAGGGCAUGAUGAUCCUGGGACGGAUGGCGAGGCUGCGUACUGGAGAGGAAGGAGGUGAUGAGGAGAAGAGCUCUCAGGAAGACACCCUGUCAGAGGAGGAGGAGAGGGUGGUGGUGGAGGCCUUGAAGUGCCUGUGCAAUGUGGUGUACAACAGCCCUGCAGCCCAGCAGGUGAGUGUGGACGUGCAGCUGGCUCACGGCCUGUGUGCCAGCCUGCGUACGGCCCGCUCAUGGCGCCACGAGGUGGGCUUGUUCUCGCUGCGCCUCCUCUUCCUGCUGUCUGCCCUGAGACCUGAUUUGAGAGGGGUCCUGAGGAGAGAGUGGCAUGCUGUGAGACUGCUGUCGGAGGUGCUGGAGCACACCCUGGAUGUGCGCUGGGUCGGUCCAUACGAAGCCGCCUGUCCAGACUCACAGGCCCUGCCGAUGCCCGCAGAGGACAAUGAGCGAGCAAUGGAGGCGCUCAAAGCCUCAUUCAACCUCACGCUGUCUUACACUGGUGGUGAGGAGGACGACCACCAGUUCCGACUCAUCGCUGCCAUCCUGCGUCAUCUGUUGAUGCUGAAAACUGAGACGGAGGAGAAAACAGAGGAAGCACACAGCCAUGCCGUCAACCUGCUGAACAACCUGCCUGUGUCCUGCCUGGAUGUGCUGAUCGAUCUGCCUGUCCAGGGAGGUGAAGAGAAAUAUGGUGGGAAAAACAUGGAUGUAAUCCAAGUGUUACUAGACUUCAUGGAGAAAAGAAUCGACAAGCAGGGCUCCAACUACAAAGAGGGUCUGACUCCGGUGCUCAGCCUCCUGACCGAAGGAUCCAGACAGCACAGGGAGAUCCGUAGAUAUAUCAAAGCUCAGGUACUUCCCCCACUGAAAGACGUGAAGAUCAGGCCAGAGAUCGGCACCACCAUCAGAAACAAACUGGUUCGCCUCAUGACACAUGUUGACAUGGGUGUGAAGCAGACGGCUGCAGAGUUCCUCUUCGUUCUCUGUAAAGAAAGCGUGGACAACCUGUUGAAGUACACAGGAUAUGGAAACGCGGCAGGACUGCUGGUGGCUCGAGGACUUCUCGCAGGAGGCAGAGGAGAGACCCAGUACUCCGAGGAUGAAGACUCAGACACAGAGGAAUAUAAGUCUGCAAAGCCCUUCAUCAACCCGAUCACUGGUCACGUGGAGGAGCCGAUGCCAAACCCCAUCGAAGAGAUGACGGAGGAGCAGAAGGAGUAUGAAGCUCAGGAACUCGUCAAUAUGUUUGACAAGUUGUCAAGGCAGAAUGUGAUCCGGCCGAUGGGGGUCAGGCCCGACGGGACGUUAGCACCUCUUGAGGAAACUCUCUGUGAUCCACACGAGGACAACUCAGGAUCCGAUUCUGACUAGUGAAAUCCACAUCCAGGCCACACGUUCCAGGCUACGCCAUCCGGGCCCCAACACAUCUGAAGCUGUGUCCCAUUUCAAGGCAUGGAUCCUUUUUGAAGGGUGGUGCUCAUGAAGGGGCAAGACUGAACCUCCACCAUUUAUAAGAUCAGGUUAUUGUUAGAGCAGAAGUCAGUCAGCAGAGCCACAUGCUGUUCUGAUAUCUCCCAAUAAAUCACACACAGUUACCUUAAAUGGACUGGCAGAUAUCAGCACAGUGUGUGGACACUGAAACUAAUGGUGGAAUUUAGGCUGUAGGCAAUAAGUCACUUGGAGAUGGUUGAAAAGGUGGUUUUAUGAUACCAGAGUUCAUAUUGAAAGUCUUAAUGUUUCAAAAAGUGCAUCAUGUUAAAGGAACAGUGUAUCCAUAUAGCAUUUAUUUAUCUGUACGCUGAUGCCAGGCAUCCGUUAUUCACACCUCGUCCCGUUCAAGUCAAACAUUUAAUUGUGAUCGACGACCACUAGAAACCUGGUUAAUUUGACAAGCGUUUUUACUAGCAGACAAGGAUCACCUGAACACAGCAUGCAACAAUUAACCAGUGUGCAAAGAGAACGGGGCGUUGUUGCGACUUCAGUGUAGAUGUGAGACUUCUGAUGAUCCAGGCCCGGGACUGGGACACAGCUCAACGUGUCAGAGAGGUCCUGCUGCAGCGGUGAGCCGCUCUCCAAAGUAGAAGUGGACCUACGUGUGGCAUAAAGACUCUGCUGUGACAUCAAAAUGCAUAGGAGGGAGGCCUCCAUGGUUGCUGUUGCACCUUUAUCAUUAAUUCUACUGCUCCCUAUGUUGAGAAAAAUAGAGGUAAUAAUAUAAUUUUUUGCUUGAUCUUGUGUAUCUCACUGAAAGAACUGUUGCCAUGUUGAAAGUGUAAUCAUUCCUUCACUGGUGCUUUUUUGAUUUUCACUUUUUCUUUAAUUUUUUUUUUUUCCUUAUUUUCUUUGGCAACCUUAUGAUUUUGUCCAUUCUUUGUGUUUCUAGACAAUUCAAGUGCACAUUAUAUACAAACACAUUUAAAACUGUUAGCAGUGCGCUUAGUUCUGUGUUUAAAAUCAUGAGGCCUGCUGAGUGAGGACCACAGACAGGAUUGGUGUACAUUUAAAAAAAAAAUUAAAAAAUCAGGCAGUGUCAGUGUGGAUAGUUUUAACAGUGCCUGACAUCAGACUGAAUUUUAACACUCCGUUUCCAUCAGUCAACUUGAUGGAGUCAAAUCUCUGGACGCAGGCAAACUGAGUCCAUGUGGUUGUGUAAUUGUCAUGAAUGUUGCACACCAGUUAAUACCAGAGGAGAACUUUAUGAAAUCAGGGUUUGGUAGCUUACUGUUUUGGACAAGAACGUCUUUUCAUCCAAAAUCAUAACAUUAGAUGGAAAGAUGCGAACAUUUUCCUGUGCUGGAUGAUCGUACAACCAGAUUGUUUUCUGCCUCUUGACAAAGAAAUGUGUAAAACUGCGACGAUUGUUUUUGAAUCCAUGUUACUUUUGCCAAAUCUGCAUGACGUUGAAUCUGUUGUCAGUGCUGUGAUUUUUUUUUUUCCUUUUUCUAGAUUGAAAUUUUUUGCAAAUUUUUAUAUAAACCCACAAGUUUAGUGUAUGUAUAAACUGAAUAAUAUUUCUUUAUGUUGGUACAAUUAAAUCUAUUGUAAAUGCUGCCA